AUGGUCAAAGCUAUAGCCGUCACUGCUCCCGAGACUAUCUCCGUGGUGAGCGACUGGCCCAAACCUACCCUUCGUGAUGACUGCAUCCUCGUCAAAGUGGUGAGCGUCGGGCUUAAUCCCACAGACUGGAAGAAUGCCCUUCGAAGCACUCCCGUCGUUACUGUUGGCUGUGACUACGCCGGCAUUGUAGAAGCUGUCGGCUCUGCAGUCACGAAACCUUUCCGGGUCGGUGAUCGUGUCUUUGGCCUCAUCCGCGGCUGCAACCCCAACCUCCCCUACAAUGGAGCAUUCUCAGAGUACGUCCUCGCUCUAGGUGACCUGCAGUUCGCCAUACCGGAGAAUCUCAGCUUCCAGGAAGCCGCAACCCUAGGAGUCGGCCUGGGCACCAUUGCUCAAUCUCUGUACCAAAGCCUGCAGCUCGCAUCAUUCGAUCAUCCCCUUGCCCAGCCGGAACCCAUCCUCGUCUAUGGCGGUGCUACGGCCACAGGAACUCUGGCAAUUCAAUUUGCCAAGCUGUCCGGGUACGAGGUGAUCACGACGUGUUCGCCCGAGACCGAGGGGCUAGUGAAGAGCCGUGGUGCCGACCAUGUAGUUGACUACAAGAGUCCUGGGGCGGCUGACAAGAUCCGCGAGGUUACGCAGGAUCAGCUGAAGUUGGUGCUGGAUACCAUCUCGACGGAGGAGACGGCGGCAUUUUGCGGAAGGGCUAUGAGCUCCCAGGGCGGUGAUUAUACUGCGAUGAUAGACAGCAAGGUGCCUCGUGUGGAUGUGCGCAGCCGCUGGACGCUGGGUUAUACGGUAUUCGGAGAGGAGUUGACGUUUCGGGGUGUGCAUAUCCCUGCAAAACCAGAAGAUCGGGCUUUUGCGGCAGAGUGGAUCGAAAAGGCGGCCAAGUUGUUGGCGGAUGGCAAGGUUGUCCCUCAUCCUGUGCAGCUUGGGUCUGGUGGCUUGCAGGGUGUCAUUGAGGGACUGAAUUUCUUGAAAGAAGGUAGAGUCAAGGGGUGCAAGUUGGUGUAUAAUGUGAAUGAGACUGCCUAA